GCCGCAGAAAGAGGCUGAGCAUGGAGCUGUCCCCUCGCAGCCCUCCCGAGAUGCUGGAGUCGGAUUGCCCGUCACCCCUGGAGCUGAAGUCAGCCCCCAGCAAGAAGAUGUGGAUCAAGCUUCGGUCGCUGCUCCGCUACAUGGUGAAGCAGUUGGAGAACGGGGAGGUCAACAUUGAGGAGCUGAAGAAAAACCUGGAGUACACAGCUUCCCUGCUGGAGGCCGUCUACAUAGACGAGACGCGGCAAAUCUUGGACACAGAGGAUGAGCUUCAGGAGCUGCGGUCCGACGCUGUGCCUUCGGAGGUGCGGGACUGGCUGGCCUCCACCUUCACGCAGCAGACCCGAGCCAAAGGCCGCCGAGCGGAGGAGAAGCCCAAGUUCCGCAGCAUCGUGCACGCCGUGCAGGCGGGGAUCUUCGUGGAGCGGAUGUUCCGGAGAUCGUACACCUCUGUGGGCCCCUCCUACUCCACUGCGGUCCUCAACUGUCUCAAGAACCUGGACCUCUGGUGCUUUGAUGUCUUUUCCUUGAACCGGGCAGCCGAUGACCACGCUCUGAGGACCAUUGCAUUUGAGCUGCUGACUCGGCAUAACCUCAUCAGCCGCUUUAAGAUUCCCACUGUGUUUUUGAUGACUUUCCUGGAUGCUUUGGAGACAGGCUAUGGGAAAUACAAGAACCCUUACCACAACCAGAUCCACGCAGCUGACGUUACUCAGACAGUCCACUGCUUCUUGCUUCGCACAGGGAUGGUGCACUGCCUGUCAGAGAUUGAAGUCUUGGCCAUCAUCUUUGCAGCAGCCAUCCAUGACUAUGAGCACACAGGCACUACCAACAGCUUCCACAUCCAGACUAAGUCAGAAUGUGCCAUCCUGUACAAUGACCGCUCAGUGCUGGAGAAUCACCACAUCAGCUCUGUUUUCCGAAUGAUGCAGGACGAUGAGAUGAACAUUUUCAUCAACCUCACCAAGGAUGAGUUUGUAGAGCUGCGGGCCCUGGUCAUCGAGAUGGUCUUGGCCACAGACAUGUCUUGCCAUUUCCAGCAAGUGAAGUCCAUGAAGACAGCCUUGCAGCAGCUGGAGAGGAUUGACAAGUCCAAGGCCCUGUCUCUACUGCUCCAUGCUGCAGACAUCAGCCAUCCAACCAAGCAGUGGUCAGUUCACAGCCGCUGGACCAAGGCUCUCAUGGAAGAAUUCUUCCGCCAGGGUGACAAGGAGGCAGAGCUGGGGCUGCCCUUCUCUCCGCUGUGUGAUCGCACUUCCACUCUCGUGGCACAGUCCCAGAUUGGUUUCAUCGACUUCAUUGUGGAGCCCACAUUCUCUGUGCUGACCGACGUGGCUGAGAAGAGUGUCCAGCCCCUGGUGGAUGAGGACUCCAAGUCUAAAAACCAGCCCAGCUUUCAGUGGCGCCAGCCUUCUCUGGAUGUGGAAGUAGGAGACCCUAACCCUGAUGUGAUCAGCUUCCGCUCCACCUGGACCAAAUACAUUCAGGAGAACAAGCAGAAAUGGAAGGAACAGGCAGCAAGUGGCAUCACCAACCAGAUGUCCAUUGAUGAGCUGUCCCCCUGUGAGGAGGAGGCCCCGCCCUCCCCUGCCCAAGAUGAACACAACCAGAAUGGGAAUCUGGACUAGCCUGGGGCUGGCCCAGGUCCUCAUUGAGUCCCAGUGUUAGAUGUCAUCAGCACCAUCCAUCGGGACUAGCUCCCCCAUCUGCUCCAAGGGAGCAUGGAGGUCGAGGAAGAGACAACCCACCCGAAGGCCAAAUGCCGGAGAUGGUGGGGUUGGGCAAGGGCCCCUCCCCACCCGACACCCAUUGGGCCAUACUUUAAUCUCCCGGCAGCAAGACUGGGGAACUUCAGGCUCCCAACGGUCCCUGUGCCCAUCCCCCUUCCUCUGGACUCCCCCCGUGGCCAGAUGGAUGUCUGGGAAAGGGGAGCUUCCUGCAGGCUUCCCAGGGCUUGGGGGGAGGGUCAGAGAUGCCAGCCCCCUUGACCCUCCCCCGUCCUUUUUGCCUCCAAGUUUCUAAGCAAUACAUUUUGGGGGUUCCCUCAGCCCCCCACCCCAGAUCUUAGCUGGAAGGUCUGGGUCCCCUUUUCCUCCCCUGGGAGGGGCUGGAAUAGGAUAGAAAGCUGGGGGUUUCAGAGCCCUAUGCAUGGGGAGGGGAGUGGGCUCCUUCAGGGCAUGGUAUCUUUUUA